GGUGUAACGUGUCCUACUUAUAUCAGUGCACUCAUAACAACCUAAUCAUUAGGAACUUAUAUUCGAGCAAAUAAGUUAUAAAAUGUUUUGUUAACCAUAUUCGACACUCAUUGAGCUCCAUACAAAACUCGUUAGGCGAGCGAAAAAGGGCCAACUGCUGGAGAUGACAGAUUUUGGCCCCAGUUAUCUCUCUCGCUUCGCCUUUUCCCCUCUGCUUGUAGUGAGAGAAGUUUGUCCCUCUUCGUGAUCUGUCCGGUGUUCCAGAAGCGACGGUUGCUGGUGUAUUGGACGUUCAUAUAUAUGUGUACCAGUGGCAAAGAUGGAGAAGGACACCACUAUUAGGAGAAUAAAAUCCUUACACGGGAGGCAAAACAAUGUAUCGGAAAAUAAAAAUGACUCUCAGGAUCAAUGUGGAAUCAACGGCUGUAGUGAAGUGAAAAAGAAGCCUGAAGUGAGCUUGUACCUGCUACACGAAGGCGUCGGAGUGGCACUGGUGACUGUAUUUAUUUUGGUGCUGUGGGGAGUCGUUCAUUUAUCAUUACAGCAGCUAGUCAUUGGAAAGUCUACUGGCGAGUUCAAUGCUAUCAGGGCAAGGAAGCACCUGGAGCGUAUCACCAGCGUCGGUCCCCGUCCCACGGGCAGCCCGGAGAAUGAGAUCUUAACGGUUAACUUCCUGCUAGAGCAGAUUGAGCACAUCAAGGCCGACAGCGCCUCAGGACCCAACUCUGUCACUGUGGACGUCCAGCGACCCACAGGCUCCUUCAGCAUCGACUUCCUGGGAGGGUUCACCUCCUACUACGACCGGGUCAGCAACAUCGCUGUCCGCCUGGAGCCCAAGGCUGGGGCUCAGCACCUCAUGCUGGCCAACUGCCACUUUGACUCUGUGGCCAACAGUCCUGGUGCAAGUGACGAUGCAGUGAGCUGUGCGGUGAUGUUGGAGGUGCUCCACUCUCUGGCCAACCUCUCCACACCUCUACGACAUGGGGUGGUGUUCCUCUUCAAUGGAGCUGAGGAGAAUGUGCUGCAGGCGAGUCAUGGCUUCAUCACUCAGCAUCCCUGGGCCAAGCAGGUCCGAGCCUUCAUCAACCUGGAGGCUGCAGGGGUGGGCGGCAAAGAGGUGGUGUUUCAGACAGGUCCUGAGAACCCCUGGUUGGUCCAGGCCUAUGUCCAUGCUGCCAAACAUCCCUUUGCCUCGGUGGUGGGACAGGAAGUCUUCCAGAGCGGUGUGAUCCCAUCUGACACGGACUUCCGCAUCUACAGGGAUUUUGGAAACAUUCCAGGAAUUGAUUUGGCCUUCAUUGAGAACGGUUUCCUCUACCACACCAAGUACGACACAUCCGACAGAAUACUGACCGACUCCAUCCAGAGGGCAGGUGACAACAUCCUGGCGGUACUGAAGCACCUGGUGAUGUCUGAGGAGCUGGCGGACUCGUCGGAGUAUCGUCAUGGCAACAUGGUGUUCUUCGACCUGCUUGGCAUGGUGGUGGUGGCGUACCCGGCCCGCGUUGGUACCAUCAUCAACUACAUGACUGCCAUGGCAACCUUCCUCUACCUAUUUAAGAAGUGCUCCCAUCCCAGUAAUGUGGGAGGUCGUUACAUCAAGGAGCUGGUCUAUGCCACGGCGGUGGUCAUCCUCAGCUGGUUGGUCACUCUGCUGACAGUGCUCAUCAUAGCCUUGGUUGUGUCGCUGACAGGACGAUCCAUGUUCUGGUACAAUGACUUCUAUACAUGCAUCUUUAUGUACGGUUCUGCUGCCACUGGGACGAUGGUCCUGAUCCACACACUGGCCAAGAACCUCUACUACGGGGGUGUACGUCGUCUGGAGCUGGGGGAGCUCUACUUUGACGUGAGCCUGCUGCUGUGGUGCGGUGCCCUAGUCUACCUCACAGCUAACGACCUCUGCUCUGCCUACGUCCCCAUGCUGAUGGUGGCCUUCCCUCUGACCACCAAGCUGCUCCUCGUCAGGGAGUUUAAACUCAGAGGUGCAUCGGUGAAGUACUCUGUUCUCUACCAGCUGGGUCUGGCUCUGCCCUAUGUCCACUUCAUGUUCCUGAUCUGGGUAGUGUUUGAGAUCUUCACGCCCAUCCUGGGGCGCAGCGGCACAGAGAUCCCCCCUGACGUGGUCCUGGCCACCCUCGUCACCCUCGCCACACUCUUCCUCUCCUCCUUCUUUCUCCACUUCAUCUACUUGGCUAGGUCUACUAAGUGGCUGUUGGCAGGUCUGGGAACAGUGUUCACUGUGUUUCUGGUGCUGGUGUUGUGUGGAAUGUUCUUCCCCUACACAGCAGACCCCUCGGGCCCACGCCCCAAACGGGUCUUUCUUCAGCACACCACUCGUACCUUUCAUGGUCUGGAUGGCCAGGUGAAGAGCAGAGACUCAGGUCUGUGGAUCAACAGCUUUGACUAUACUGGUAUGCAGCACAUCACGCCUAUCAUACCAGAGAUCAAUGACACUAUCAGGACCAGCUGUCAGGAGGACAGGCCUUUCUGUGGCUACCCCUGGUUCCUACCUGUCAAGUUCCUUGUCAAGAAGAACUGGUACCUCCCAGCUCCUGAAGUCUUUCCCAGGUCGCCCAUCGAGUUUCAGGUCCUUUCUAAAGAACAGACAAAAUGGGGCACAGUGAAGAUUACAUUUGAAGUCAAAGGUCCCAGCCACAUGUCCCUCUACCUGAGACCCCACCAAGGGGCCUCUCUGUCCAGCUGGUCGUUUGGGGAUGGUGUUCCCCAGUACCACCUGGCUGGAGAGUACUUUAUAUUCUACUCCCACGGCCUGGAUGCCCCCGCCUGGAACUUCUGGUUCGAAAUACAGCCUCCCAGAGAAGAGGAUCCGUCAGGCCCAGAGGGAAUCAUCUCAGUAGCCAUCUCAUCUCAUUACUUCUUUGGAGAGGACCAGAGGACUGUUCAGCUAGAGGACAUGCUGAAGAGGUUCCCUAAAUGGGCCUUCCCCUCUUCCUGGGUCUCCACCUAUCACAUGUACCGAUACUGACACCUAGGCCUAUCAGAUGUACACACACUGGGAGGCACCUACCACAUUUACCCAUACUUGAAAUACUGGGCCCGUUGUUGGGCCUGCUUCCACACACACAUUUGAGAGACCCGACCAUCACUGUGUCAAUAGCUAACAGGAGGGACAUUAAAGCAACAUUAUUUAUAAACAGUAACAGUAGGACUAGGGAACGGUCCUUAUAAACAGUAACAGUAGGACUAGGGAACGGUCCUUAUAAACAGUAACAGUAGGACUAGGGAACGGUCCUUAUAAACAGUAACAGUAGGAC